CUCAACAAUAGGAUUGAGUCUGCUCUUGUGAAUUAAAAUUUUGCUCAGAGUGGUUUUGAUUCCUCUACUACUGAUGAAGCUAAGAGUCACAUGAUUAACUCUUUGUGUGAGUAUUUGAAUCUGCUUAAGUUGGAAGAGAUUUUUUGGAGACAGAAAUCUAGGGUCGAGUAGCUACGAGAAGUGAUCUUAAUAGGAAUUUCUUUCAUAUUACUACUCUGGUUAGAAGGAGAAGGAACUCCAUUUAUAUGCUGAAAUAUAAUGCGGGGGUUCAUUGUGGCUAAGGGAGCUCCUAUGAUAAAUCACUACCUUUAUGCUGAUGAUAGCAUUAUUUUCCUUAAGGAAAAUUACAAAAAUGCUUGCAAUUUGAGACAGAUCCUUGAUAAGUUUAGUUGUUGGUCUGGCCAGGUAGUGAGUGAUGUUAAAUCUACUCUACUGACUUCUAGUAAUCUGAGCAGGAGCUUUACUAUGGGAAUGGCUAAGGCGCUUAGAGUGCAAAUUGCUAAGACUCCAGGAAUUGGAGGGGUGGUUAGAGAUGAUGCUGGCUCUUUUGUGGCAGGAUUUUCUAGAUACAUUUUCCAGAAUGGGAAUAAUGUGGUUGAAGUCCGGGAUACUAGGGAUGGUCUUCAACUCGCUGUACAAGUGGGGAUUAAGAAACUCAAGGUCAACUGCGACUCCAAUUACACUGUUCAACUCUGCACAAGUGAAGCUGCUCCUCCAUGGUAUCUAAGGGGCCUUGUUCAAGACAUUAAUGCUUUGAAGGAGAAAUUUGAAGAUGUUGUUUUUGUUCAUCAGUAUAGAGAAUCCAAUUUUAUUACUGAUAAUUUAUCGAAGAAAGCCUCUGACAGAACUCUUGAGGGAGUGUGGUUUACUAAUCCACCAGAAGAGAUAGUUAAUAAUCUUGUUGCUGACAUUCAAGGUGUGUCUUACCCGAGAAUGAUCAAAGUGUAGUUG